ACGUGAAACGGAGCAACUGAGAGCUGCUGAGAGCAUCGAAAAUGUCGGAAUGAGAUGGUGCACGUUACGUGCGGUGUGCAAAGUAGUGGCCAGUCCAAAAUAAGAUUACGAGCGUCCGUCGCGGCGGCAGUUACGUCGGUGAGCCGUCGGUGUUGGUCUGCAAGUGGUCUGCACUUUUCUGCAGCGUUCUGAUCUCUGAGGAGGGUGUGAUGCCGCGAUAACGCGGGCGGGUUUCGUUUGCGCAAUGACGUAUGCUCGCGCUCUUCGCGCUCACGUUCUACGCGGAGUCCGCUGACGGCUGAGGCUGAGGCACACUCGGGCGGCUCGGGCGGCUCAGGCGUUUCAGGCACGCUGAGGUAGAACCGAACGGCCGCUUCGUCGGAGCCUCGGGGUGCAGUGCUGCGAUGCCGCUGCGUUUCUGCGGACCGAGGGUUAACGCGUUCUUGAUGAGGCCCGAGAUCGUUGGGCACGCAAUUUUACGCACACCGUCGAUUCGGUGAACAGAUAUGGGCAAGCAAAACGGCUCGUGCUGGUGGUGCCUCAAGGCUGUCAAGUGGUUGCCAGUGAUCUUUAUCUUGACGAUCGUUGCCUGGUCCUAUUAUGCCUACGUAGUGCAAUUGUGCUACUAUACGAUAGACAAUUAUGUUCAAAAAGUUUUCUAUCUGCUUUUCUUCCACAUCUUGAUUCUGAUGUUUUUGUGGUCCUAUUGGCAAACAAUGUACACAAAUUUAAUACCGGUGCCAGAUAAGUUUAAAAUACCUGAUGUUGAGAUGGAAAAAUUGCAACAGGCUGAAACUGAAGAAACACAGAGACAAAUUUUGGAAAGAUUUGCACAAGAUCUUCCAGUUACUAACCGCACCAUAAAAGGAGCUAUGCGAUUCUGCGAAAAGUGUCAGUUAAUAAAGCCUGAUAGGGCACAUCACUGUAGCGUGUGUGGCACUUGUGUCUUAAAAAUGGAUCAUCAUUGUCCGUGGGUGAACAAUUGUGUAGGCUUCCACAAUUAUAAAUUUUUCAUACUGUUUCUGGCAUACGGACUUCUCUAUUGUUUGUUUCUUACCGCUACAUCUUUGCAAUACUUCAUACAAUUUUGGCAAGGUGAAUUAGAUGGAAUGGGUAGAUUUCAUCUGCUAUUUCUUUUUUUUGUUGCAUUGAUGUUUGCAGUCAGUCUUAUCUCCCUUUUCUUCUAUCAUUGCUAUCUCGUUAUUCAUAAUAGAUCAACGCUAGAGGCCUUUAGAGCACCUAUGUUUCGCACAGGAAAGGACAAAGAUGGAUUUAGUCUGGGAAAAUACAAUAAUUUUCAGGAAGUAUUCGGUGACAAUCCGCGACUCUGGUUUCUACCCAUAUUUAGUAGCUUUGGAGACGGGGUAAACUUUCCCGAGCGGCUGUGCAAUGAAGAUACUCAUACUCUGUUGGGCCCUGGCACCCAACAGUGGGGUGAUGAAACUGAAUUUGACUCCCCUUCUCCCUACAUAAAUCAGGUACUUUAUAGGUUUGAUUCUUAGAUCAAAACAAUAAUUUUAUUCAACUUGAUAGUGUAUCCAAUCUUAUAUAGCAAUCAUUCCUUAUAAAUUAUAUUUAUGCAGAUACUUAUUAUUAUUAAUAGUACAUAUAGUUGUGUAUAAAAUCUAUCGCAACUAAAGUGAAGUGCCUCCUCUCAUGACCUUCAUAACUGAUUUUAAUAACAGGUUCUCUAACGAAUUUGGAAUCAAUUUUUCUUAAACGAAAAAAUAU